CUGAAUCUCCCUGCCGCCGCCGCCGAGCAAUCCCACCUCCCGCCGUCGCCCCAAGCACCCAAGAUCCACCUCAAUACCGACGCGUCGUCCCCCAUAUUGCACGGCCGGACGCCUAACUCCCCUCCACCGCCACCCUCCCAGGCUGCGUCACCUUGCUGCGCCGCCACCGAGCCAUCUCACCAUCCGCCGCCGGCCCCAAACAGCCAAGCUGCACUUCAGCCCCCCCGCAAUACUGCAUGCCCGACCGUCCAAACCCCCUCCCGAUCCCUGCACCUAGCAGUGCCGCCAACCAGUGGUAUGCCAAUCGCCCGCCUCACCUGAAGUUGUACGAGCAAAGCGCCCCUGCAUAGAAUUUCUGUCACAUCUGUACCGCCGUCCAGCUGUCUGACAAUUGCCGCCUACACCAACACCAAAGACACGCCCCUGCAUAGAGUGGGUAUGGAUGUACAAAUCAGCAAGGUACUUUUGUGUUAUCCUAGAGGAAGUAGCAGGUACUUGGCUGGCGUAGAUGGAUUUUUGGAAUUUGCAUAUAAAGAUAAGACAGAAGAUACCACGAUCCUUUGUCCAUGUGAAGAAUGCGUGCACACUUCUGUGCUGUCAAAGGAUGAAUUCUGUGAUCAUUUGAUCUAUAAUGGAAUUCUUCAGAGUUAUGACAAAUGGGUUUUUCAUGGCGAAUCUUCAGAUGAGCACAAUAAUGAUCAGCAACCACAACCUCACAAUGAAGAAAUGCUUGCUGACAUGCAUGGGUUGAUUAAUGAUGCCUUCAGGAAUAUGUAUGAUGAUGUGCCAAUGAGUGAGAGUCCAGAUCCACCGAAUCAACAUGGACCAAAUUUAGAAGCCGAGGAAUUUUACAAACUGAUCAAUGAUUCGAAGAAGCCUUUAUGGCCGGGAAGUGGAUUAUCACAGCUAUCAUUACUUGUGAUUUUGUUUAAUACAAAAUCCAUGAACAAAUGGUCUGACAAGUCAUUUGGAGAUCUACUUGAUACUCUACGCAUGGCAAUUCCAGACGGAAAUGAGCUGCCCCAGAAUUUCUAUGAGGCUAAGAAGAUUGUUUCAAAAUUUGGCCUAGAUUAUAAAAAAAUUCAUGCUUGUCCAAAUAAUUGCCAGCUGUUCUGGAAAGACAAGGAAAAUGAUGAUUUUUGCUCAAUCUGCAAGGCCUCUAGGUGGAAAGAUAAAGAACCGGAAACAAAGUUAACAAAGAAGGAAAGAAAAAAAGCAACACCAAGCAAAGUUUUACGUUACUUUCCAAUCAAGGAUAGGUUGAAAAGAUUGUUCAUGUGCAAAGAGACAGCACCUCUUUUGCGAUGGCAUCAUGAAGAGCGCAUUAAGGAUGGCGCACUACGACAUCCAGCCGAUUCCCCAGCAUGGAAGGUUUUAGAUGAAAGGUACUCAAAAAUUGCGUCUGAUUGCCGUAAUAUAAGGUUUGGCUUGGGUACUGAUGGAUUUAAUCCUUACGGAAUGCUGAGUUCUAGUUAUAGUUGUUGGCCAGUUGUUUUGACAAUAUAUAAUCUUCCUCCAUGGUUGUGCAUGAAAGAAUCAUAUCUUUUUCUAUCUUUGAUAAUUCCUGGGUCCAAAAGUCCAGGAGAUAAUAUUCAUGUCUUUCUCCAGCCACUUUUGGAUGACUUGAAAGACUUAUUUCUGAAUGGAAUGCUCACAUAUGAUGUGUCUAAAAAUGAAACCUUCACUUUGCGAGCAGUUGUGUUAUGGACUAUAAAUGACUUGCCAGCUUUAGGAAUGGUUUCUUCACAUAAGGUGCAUGGAGAAUUUGCAUGUCCACCAUGCGGUGCAGAUGCAUGGUCCAAGCGAUUGAAGCAUGGAAAGAAAUCAUGCUUUAUGGGUCACCGCCGAUUUCUGCCUCCUGGUCAUAAGUUUCGUUUUGAUGAAAAGUCUUUUGAUGGAACGGUGGAGCAUAGAGCAGAGCCUCGAACUUACUAUGGACGUCAGGCUGAAGAAGAAAUAAAGGCUCUUGGUGAUUUUAAGCAGUCAAAAACUUACAAGGGAUUAAGUAGUCUAUUUACACUACCCUAUUGGGACUAUAAUCUCGUUCGACAUAAUCUGGACGUGAUGCAUAUAGAGAAGAAUGUGUGUGAUAAUAUUUUGGGCACACUUUUAGGUUUAGAUGGGAAGUCAAAAGAUAAUCUUUCUGCUCGUCUAGAUCUUAAAGAAAUGAAUAUUAGAGAGGACCUACAUCCAGAGAAACAACCUUCGGGCAAGUUUUACUUACCACCCGCAUUAUUUACCAUGUACAGAAGUGAGAUAAAAUUGUUCCUUGAAGUUCUUGAGUCUAUAAUGGUUCCCGAUGGCUAUUGUUGAAAUAUACCUAAUUGUGUGAAGCCUGCUGAAGGAAAAAUUUCUAGGCUAAAAAUGCAUGACUGCCAUGUCCUACUGCAACAAUUCAUGCCUAUCGCUUUGACGGGUAUUCUUCCAGACCGUGUCACAACAGUACUAUUUGAAUUAUCUGCUUACUUCCGAGGAAUAUGUUCAAAAGUUCUCCAUGUAAAUGAGCUUGACCGUUUAGAAGAAUCAAUUAGAAUCACACUUUAUAAAAUGGAGAUGAUAUUCCCGCCUGGGUUUUUCACCGUCAUGGUUCAUUUAGUUGUCCAUUUAGCAACUGAAUGUAAACUUGCUGGACCAGUUUGCUAUCGAUGGAUGUACUUUAUUGAAAGGUACCUUGGUAAAUUGAAGUCAUAUGUUCGCAACAAAGCUCGCCCUGAGGGUUCAAUUGCCGAAUCAUAUUUGGCGGAUGAGUGUAUGGCCUUUUGUUCAAGACACUUAGAGGGUUUCUCUACUAAGCACAACCAACCAUCAAGGAAAAAUGACAAACCAAAUGAGAACGAAUCUGCCAUGUAUGCAAAUGAAUCCACAUUAUUUCCUCCAGUAGGGAAUCCAUUGGGAAAACCACGCACCUACACCUUGAAUGAUAUGGAGUCCUUACAAGCCCAUAGAUUUGUGCUCUAC